AUGUAAUAAGAAGACAAAACAUAAUAAAAGGAAGAGAAUAAAUAAUUUUCUUUAUCUUAAAUGGCAGCAUAAUUUAGCUUCUAUGAAUAUUAUGAUACUCUUCAUAGGUUGAAUAUAAAAGUAAAAGAAAUUGAACCAUUCCCUUCUAUUAGAUUUAUGUUGGAGACAAAUAAUUAAUUAUAGAUUUUAGCUGUAGAAUAUGAGAAAAAGGAGUUAAAUUAUAUUAGUAAUUGUAUAAAAAUGAUGAGAUAUUUAAGAUUGAAUCAUUAUGAUACAUAAACUUUCUAUAAGAAUUUUGAAAGUGAACUCAUGUUUAGUUUCAUAGUUGAAGAUAUUUCAACAAUGGAAGUCUGGAGCUUAAACAUAAUUAAAUUAUACUUAAUUAUGAAUAGAAGACCAUAACCGUUUUGGUAAGACUCUAUUAUUAGGUCGAAAUAUGAAAGCAGAAAUUAUCAAUUUUUCAAUAAAAAAUAUAUCAUUCCAAGAUUAUUUGAACUUUCAUUAAUUAAAUUAAAAAUAAAUGGAGUUGAAAAAGGAGUGAAAUUUUGUUUUCCUUCAAAUUAUGAUUCUGAAAGUGAUUAAUAUUCAAUAUCAAUUGAGGAUAUAAAUUAGACAUAAACAAAAAAACCAAUUUUUUCACUUGAUGAAUAUAUUGAUUGUUUAGAUAAAAAUGAUCCUUUGAGAUUAGAAAAUUAAAUAUUGAAUGAUCCUAAUUUCUAAUCUAUUUUAAAUAAACUAUUAGUAAUUAAUUAGAACUAAGAAUUUCUAGUAGAUAAGAUAAACAUUUUUACAUAUUUAAAAUAUAUUGUUAGUCAUAAUUAAAUUCAUGAAAUGUAAUACUAUUUACUAAACUUUCCUUUAUUUUGGUAUGAUUAGAAAAUUCCAAAAGAAAACCUUAUUAUAAAUACUUUCUUUUUGAAUUUAGAAUUAGGAUUGGUCUUUUUUAAAUCAUUAUUAAUCUUUGAACCACAACUAUUGGAUUAGAUUUUAGAUAUAUAUUUUUCUUCUUUGAUGGAAUUUGCAAAAAAAGUAGAUUAGAAAGAUAACGAAUAUAAUAACGAGGAUAAUGAAAAAAAAGAAGAAAAUUAGUUUUAAUUUUAAGAUUAUAAAAGUUAAAGUGAUUUGGAACCUUAUGAGGAUGAAGAAACUGAUAAAGAAGAAGAAAAUUAAUAGGAAUUAUAAUAAGAUGAUAAUAUAGAAGAUAGUAAUUCUGAAGCAUAUGAUCAAUAGAUUUCUGAAUAAAAUGAAUUAUAGGAACCACCAAAAAUAAAGAAAAAAAAGAAGGUAAUUAAGUAUAAACCUAAAGAUUACAUUGAACCAUUGAAAGGAUUAAGAAGAUAAUUAUAAUUGAAUUGUCCUGAUUAGAUAAGAUUCUAAAUAUAUAUCCAAUUGCUUUUUCUCGCAACUACUAAUGAAGAAUCUUUUUAACUUAUCCAAAAAUAUUUAAUACAAUAUUAAUCAUUGCCUCCUUUAAAGGAACCUAAGGAAAUUAAUUUUGAAGUACAAUCUAGAUUAUUAGAAUAGGGAUAUCAAGAACCCUAUAAUGAAUAAUUCAUUCAAUAAAUAGAAUCAAAUAUUAAUGCAUUAUCAUAAUAAUAGAUUGAGGAUAUUUAACAUGUGAAAGAAAUUUUAAAAUUCAAUCAAAAUCUUAAAGAAACUAAGUAUAGUAAAGUAUAUUAGUUUUUAAUUACUCAGAUAUAUAAAACCAAAUACUCAGGAUUUUAGAAUAUUAUUGAUAACUUAUUAAGGAAUCCUGCAUAUUCAUGUUUAAUCAAAUAGAAAAAUAAUAUAUUUAUGAAUUCUCUAUAAAAUGAUAAAUAAUUUUAAGAAGAAAUUAUUAUUUAUCAUCAAUAAAAUAGGAAAGUAAAUGAUGAGAAUUUUUUAUUUAAGAAAAUAUAAAUAAAUAGAGAUUUUAUAGAUAAAUUCUUUUAAGGAAAAUCUAAUUAAUAAUUUACAAAUGAUAAAUGGAUACAUAUAUUAUGUUUAUUUAAGUAUUGUUAAGAAUUAGAAAAACAAUUUAUUGAAUUUGAUUAAAAUGAAGGAAAAACUAAAUUAUAAGUACUUUCUUUAUUAGAUGAUAAUGAAGUCAGUAUAGGUUUUGAAGGAUAUAUAUAGAAAACAGAUACAUUUAAUGUAUCUUAUUGCUUUAAAUUUGUAAUCUCUGAUAAAUUUACACCUAUAACUUAUCAACAUACUAAAAAACAAUCUGAAAAAUAAAAAAAGCAUUCUUGUUAUUUCUUUAAUUUUGAUAUAACUAUAAAUAUUUUAAGAAGUAAAAAUCCUAAUAAUCCAUUUCCAAUAGUAUAUUUAUAUUAAAAAACUUAUGAUGAAUUGGAUAAGAUUUUUAGAAUUUUUAUGUUUGAUUAUUAUAUUGAUGUAUUUCUUCUUGAUGAAAAAAAAAAUUGUUAGGAAAUGUAAAAAUUAUGUGAAGAUGAUUUCAUUGAUAGUUAUAUUAUUAAAUAGAAAUUAAAUAUUGAAAAUUAUCAAUAAUUAAGAAAUAUUUAAUAGGUAGAUAAAUAUUAUUUAAAUGAAAUUAUUAAUUCUUUUUAAGAUCAAAAAAAAGAUAGAUUAAAUUUAUUAUAAUAUAUAUAAAAAAGUGAAGAAUAACCAGAUGGAAUAGAAAUUGAUUAUUAAAAUUAAAAAAAUUGGAUAUUCAUAAAUCCAAGAAUUUAAAAAGAUAUAAACAUACAAUUUUAAGAUAAAUUAUAGAGUAAUUUAUGAUUUUAUUCUUCUUUUAGCUCUUCCAUUUAGUAAUUAUAAACCAAGAAUUUAAAAAUAAUUGAAUUAGAAAAUUUAAAUAGAUUUAACAUUUCCAGAAUUAUAUCCUGUUACUUCACUAUAAGUUUAUAAAUACAUACCAGUAAUAAUUACUUAAGAAGAAUAAAAUUAAAAAUAUGAUUCUUUAUCACUUCUUUAAUUUGCUUGUGUAAAUUAUUAUAUAUAAAAUUUUAGGUUGAGAUCGACACCUAUACAAAAUUAUUAAAUGAUUUUUUAACAAAAUUACCUAGUGAUGAUGAUGAAAUUGAUUAAUUUUUAGAAAACCCUAAACCAAGGAAUGUCUAUUGGCCACUUGUAUAAAAAAAAAAUAAUUCUGCAAAAGGAUAUUCCCAUAAGUUUAAAUACACUUACAUUAUUGAAACUAUUCCAUUAUAUUUAAUGGUUUAUCUGUUUUAAAAUUUGAAUAUAGAAUUAGAUCAUGAAAUUAAAUUUACUUUAAAUUGCUUAUCCUUUACUGAAAUAAUUCUAAGCAAAUUAAUAAGAAUUAUUUAAUAAAGCACAGGCAAAAGUAUAAUUAAUUACAUAUAAAAUAGAAUGUAAAAUAGCUACAGCAAUAUCUAUAUUAAAAUAAUGGAUUUGGUUUAAGAAAAUAUUGAUUAAUAUUGGGGACUUAAUAAUAGAGAAUGAUAUUAAUAAAUUUAAAGCAUAUUAUGUAGAAAUUAAUGAAAUUAAUCCAAAUGAAGUGAGUUAUUUUUAUUAUAUUUUAAAGGCAUUUAAUUUAAAGUAUAAUAAACUUGAAGGGAUGGAUUCAUUAUUUAGAUUUGGUAAAACUUAGUACUUUGUACAUUCAGGUGUUCUCAUAAUUAGAUUAAAUAUAGCUUUGGUUUCUGAAAACCUAAAAUCAAAGGUUAACCUAAAAAGCAUCAAGUUGAAUCAAAAAUAAAGUGAUUUGUUUUCAGAUGACAAAGACCUUAUUGUAUAUUUUAAUUCAUUUCUAUUUAGAAAUAUAUGUAAUUUAUUGUCACACCAGAAGAAAUAUUAAAAUGCUUACUUAGCAAAAAUUGA